AUGCAGAGAAGCGGAGAUGCAGCAGGCUGCGACCACAGCCACCCCAGCCUGGCUCGAAAGAGGCAGCCGCGCGAGGAGGAGGACGAGGAGGAGGAGGGGAGGAAGAGGGAGAGGCGGAGGAGGGAGCGAGAAAGACACCGGAAGCGGCGCUCGAGCCAACCUGCGAUGGGCGAGCCGUGGCGCGCGUCGGGGGCUGGGAAAGCAGCAGACGUGCAGAAUUCGGGAUCCCUUAUUGCCCAGAAGCCGUCAGAUAUGUUAUCAUAUGUUCCUCGAGCAGCGAACACGUACCCGCGUCGAAGAUGCCAUCACGGCGGCGUUCGUACCACAGCCAUGCAAGUGGUGAGCACGGCACACGCCAAUGAUGCCGAUGCAGACUGCCAACUACGCCCAACGGCUCGUGGGGCAUUGCGGUCUGCAGUCAGGAUGCAUGCGACCUGA